CGUGCACACAAGCUGGUCUUAGGGUCCAGUCCAGAGCAAAGCGGCAUCAGAAGAAGAACAAAAAGAAGAAAGCCGUACCCCGCGGCGCUGUACAAAUUUGGGCCGUGUCUCCCAGCUUGGCUCAUUCUGCUGCCUGCACUGCACACUCAAAACCGCAAGCAGCAUUCCCUUCCCCUCUGCCUCCACCCCAUCUCCGUCUCUCCUCCGGAUGGCGCCGCAGAAGGUGGUUGUGAAGGUCUCUUCUAUGAGCGACGAGAGGGUGAAGCAGAAAGCCAUGGAAACCGUUGCGGACAUCUAUGGUAUCGAUUCGAUAGCCGCGGACCACAAGGAUCAGAAGAUGAUGGUGAUAGGUGAUAUGGACAGCGUCGUGAUCGCCAAGAAGCUGAGGAAGUUUGGGAGGAUCGAUAUCCUCUCCGUUGGGCCGGCGAAAGAGGAGAAGAAGGAUGAUAAGAAAGGGGAGAAGAAGUGAUCGAACUUGGUGUUUCUGUUCCAUCGAUAUCUUUCUUGUUCUCAUAUUUGAGGACGAACAUACUGAGUUUCUUGGCUUUUUGCUCUGUACCCUAAGUUCAGUUAUCUGGGUACCUGCAGAUGUAUUUACAUACAGAGUAGUAAAGCAUUCAGAAUUUAACCA